CUUUCUGGCUCUACUUUUCCAACAACAAAUAUCCAAAAUCCCCCAAACGAUUCCUUACUCAUCCGGGUUUGAUCGUCGCUGCCAUCGAUUUUCCGAAACGUUCAUGCCACUGUUGUCCAGGUCCUACAUAUCGUAGCUUCAAUCGCCUGUCUGUACGCCUUCUUCAGCAACAGCCGUGGAUUCGUUUUCCAGUUGCUCUCCCGUUCCGCCGAAGAAUGAUAUUUUCCAGGAUUGGACGCUCCUUGUCGCGAUCGACUCGUUCAACAGCUCUCUCCCGCUCUGGAUAUACACCCUGGCAUCAGGGGGAUACGCGACUUGUUCAAUUUGAUGAGAAAUUAGGGUUUUUGAGGGGCUAUUUGACUUCAAUAAGGAGCAAUAGGGAGUUUGUUUCCAAGCCCUACUAUUUGUCCGAUUUGAAUCACGUGCUUGCGAACCCUAAGCUUCGAAGGUUUUUCUCAAGUGAAGCUCCCAAAAAGAAGAAUUAUGAGAAUUUUUUCCCGAAGAAUAAGAAGGAAAUCCCCAAAGAAAACGGGCGAAAAUCAGAGUCGAAAGAGGAAGCAAAUGCUGAUGAUCAUGGAAAUUUUCAAGAGACUUUCAUGAAGCACUUCCAAAAUCUCUUUCUCUCUUUACUACUGACUGGGCUGGUUCUUUCACCAUUUUAUGUUGGUCCCCAUGAGCAGCACCAAAUUAGUUUCCAGGAGUUUAAAAACAAGCUUCUGGAACAAGGGCUAGUGGAUCAUAUAGUUGUUUCAAAUAAAUCAGUUGCAAAAGUGUAUGUGAGGAGCUCACCACGCAAUCAAACCAGUGAUGAUAUUAUUGAGGGACCAGUUGUCCAAGAACCUCGGAACAAGAGCCAGUAUAAGUACUAUUUCAAUAUUGGAAGUGUUGAAUCUUUUGAAGAAAAGUUGGAGGAAGCGCAGCAAGCAAUGGGAAUAGAUCCUCAUGAUUACAUCCCUGUUACAUAUACUUCUGAAAUGGUUUGGUACCAAGAAUUGAUGAGAUUUGCACCGACUGCCUUGCUUUUGGGAACCCUUUGGUACAUGGGUCGGAGAAUGCAAGGCGGACUAGGUGUUGGAGGUAGUAGUAAGGGUGCCCGUGGAAUAUUCAACAUAGGGAAAGCCCAGAUCACAAAAGUAGAUAAAAAUGCAAAAAACAAGGUCCAUUUCAAAGAUGUUGCUGGCUGUGAUGAAGCAAAACAAGAAAUUAUGGAGUUUGUGCACUUCCUCAAGAACCCUAAAAAAUACGAGGAGUUGGGAGCAAAAAUUCCAAAAGGUGCUCUUUUAGUAGGUCCUCCAGGCACUGGUAAAACUCUUUUGGCCAAGGCAACUGCUGGAGAAUCUGGUGUGCCUUUUCUCUCCAUAUCGGGUUCAGAUUUCAUGGAGAUGUUUGUAGGUGUUGGACCAUCUAGAGUGAGAAACUUAUUCCAGGAAGCUCGCCAGUGUGCACCUAGUAUAAUAUUUAUUGAUGAAAUAGAUGCAAUUGGCCGAGCAAGGGGACGUGGGGGCUUCUCAGGUUCCAAUGAUGAGCGUGAAAGUACUCUAAACCAGUUGCUUGUUGAAAUGGAUGGAUUUGGGACCACUUCUGGAGUUGUUGUCCUUGCUGGCACCAAUAGACCUGAUAUCUUGGACAAAGCUCUGUUAAGACCUGGUCGAUUUGAUCGGCAAAUUUCCAUUGAUAAACCUGAUAUCAAAGGCCGGGAGCAGAUAUUUCAGAUAUAUUUGCAGAAGAUUAAGCUUGAUAAUAAACCUUCAUAUUUCUCUCAGAGACUUGCAGCCCUCACUCCUGGAUUCGCAGGAGCAGAUAUUGCAAAUGUGUGUAAUGAAGCUGCUUUAAUUGCUGCAAGGUGCGAGGGAACACAGGUCACAAUGGAGCAUUUUGAGGCAGCUAUAGACAGAAUCAUUGGCGGUCUGGAGAAGAAGAAUAAGGUGAUAAGCAAGCUUGAACGCCGAACUGUAGCAUACCAUGAAUCAGGUCAUGCUGUUGCUGGCUGGUUUUUGGAACAUGCUGAGCCCUUGUUGAAAGUGACUAUAGUUCCUCGUGGUACUGCAGCGCUUGGGUUUGCUCAAUAUGUUCCCAAUGAAAACCUUCUUAUGACCAAGGAGCAGCUUUUUGACAUGACAUGCAUGACCCUUGGUGGUCGGGCAGCUGAGCAGGUUUUGAUUGGCAAAAUUUCUACAGGAGCUCAAAAUGACUUGGAGAAAGUGACGAAGAUGACUUAUGCCCAGGUAGCCGUGUAUGGCUUUAGUGACAAGGUGGGCCUCCUCUCAUUCCCACCAAGGGACGACGCAUUUGAGAUGAGCAAGCCUUACAGCAGCAAGACCGCGGCCCUUAUUGAUGGCGAAGUUCGUGAAUGGGUGACGAGAGCCUACGAGCGCACUGUCCAAUUGAUAGAGGAACACAAAGAGCAAGUGGCUCAGAUUGCCGAACUGUUGCUUGAAAAAGAAGUCUUGCACCAGGAUGAUUUGCUCCGAGUUCUAGGGGAGAGGCCAUUUAAAUCAAGUGAAAUGACGAAUUAUGAGAGAUUUAAGCUAGGGUUCGAAGAUGAAGGCGAGAAGCAACAAGAACAGGCCACAGAGGGCAGAAGCACAGAAAAUGACGAGUCGACACCCCUUGAGCCAGGGGUAGUCCCAACCUAACCCCAAAUGUAUAUUAUUAUUAAAGAUGACAUGAAUCCCGUUUCGUCUUCCUCUCAAACCUCUUCUGUUUUUUUUUUUUUUCUUCAGAUGUUGAUUCAUUGAAGGUGGUGGUUGAUAUAUCUUGACUAACUUCCGACAUCUUUAUUGUUUUCGACAUGACAUGAAACCAUUGCCAACUUGGCGAAAAGGCGUAACAACGUUGGGAAUAUUAAACUAGGAUUUGAUGUAUAUUUUUUUA